AUAUGUUAUAGCGUGCUCAUCUAAAAUAGUUAUAAAAUAACGUAUCGUAAAAUAAUAAAAAUGUUUUCUUUAAUUUCUUCAAUGAGGUCGGUGUUGGUUCGCCAGCAAAAUGUUGAUAAAUUAAGAAGCCUUCAUACAACACCAUUAUGUGAAGCCGCACGUAAAGGCACAAGAGAAAAGGCCCGUAAGAAGAAAGUAAAAGUCGAAGUAAAGAAAGUGGGAUUUAUACCGCAUAACCAAAGGGACAAGAAAGUUAAUUUACAGCGUCAAAAUUUACACUUUGAUGAUUCGUGGAAGCAAGUGCCUCAAGACAAUGUUUAUGUAUUGAAAUAUUACCGCUGGCCGGUAUAUACAGUAGCUGAGGCUAUACAAUGUCACCGUGAAACACAUCAUCCAAGUAUAUAUAAUGUACCAAAUGCGCCAUUAAACGUUGAAAUAGAAUUGGAUAUGCAGGCAGAGAAAAAAAAUCGUUUCGUUGACAACUUUCAACGUAUGGCAAUGAUUCCACAUAAGUUUGAUCAUGGAGAGGAACGUAAAAUCCUGGUUUUCACCAAAGGAAAUGAGGAAAUCAGUGAAGCCCGCCAAGCAGGUGCAUCACUCGUAGGGGGUAUUGAGCUCAUUAAAGAUAUCACAAAUGGAGAGUUAUUGCUGAGUGAUUAUCAAUUUGUAAUUGCUCAUCCUAACAUUUUACCUGAAUUAAUAGCAUUGCGGGGAUUAAUGAAGCGAAAAUUUCCCAAUCCGCGAAGUGAAACACUUGGCACAAAUUUAGCUGAAAUGAUCGAACGGUUUUCGAACGGAAUAAGCUAUACAGCUACCAAAGAUGAACAUCAACAAGAUUUUGGGUUUAUAUCUACUUCUGUCGGAACUUUAGACAUGGAUACCACAAAAUUGGAGGAAAAUUUACGUUCCUUACUGAAUGAUGUGAAUUCAGUACGACCUAAGCGUGAAGGAGAGCACUUUAUAAAACGUGUACUGCUCAAAAGCCCGCCUAGUAGUGAGCGGCUCAAAAUUGAUGCAUUUAAAUAUAUACCAGAAUUCUACGUCAAAACAUCAAACAAAACGUCCGCAAAAUCAAAUGAAGCUCUUGAUCAAGAAGACGAAUCUAGUGAAAAACAGCAGGCCAUAGCAGCACAAUGAUUAUUUUGAAUUAAAUCUUUGUGCAUUGAUAAAUAAAAAAUCUAACUGCUUAGCAAAAAAUGUUAAGAAUUUCUGUUAUAUAUUGAUAUGUGCUUUGCAAAGGAAAAAAAUUAUUUAAUAUGUUAUUACUAAAUUUUUGGUUUAAUAAAAGUACCAGUUACGAGUUUAUAGAAAGUUGGUAAAAUGAAGGCAAUAUUAAUUCAAGCCC